AUGUGUUCUGAUCGGCCAUCAAGCGUCGUGACAGACACUCUACGUCAUACGGGCACGACCAACGUCGUGGCAGCAACUCGCGUCAGAGACUGCCGACGAGUCCAGCACCGAGAUGAAAUCUCGGUGCUGGUCGUCGAAGGAAUGCGGUUCUCAUCAUUCCCUUGCCGACACGAGGCGGCAGGUGAAGAUUGCAGAAUCCCGACAGAGUGGCAUGGGUCCUGGUUCCACAAGGACUUCCCGCAGCCCUUCAGCCUCAACGCGUCCAACUUUGGCCCGUUUCCGUGCGUGGAGUCGCAAGGAGACCGUUUCGUCGUCUUUGAAAAGUGA